UCUCAACAUACACAACAACAACAAUAACAACAAUGGCUACUUCAAGAAUAUUCAUGUCCUCUAAUCUAUUCAUUUUCUUCCUUGUCAUGGCUACAACCAAUGGUCAGGCUCCAGCACCAACUCCUUCAGGUCCAACCAACAUAACCGCAGUCCUAGAAAAGGCUGGUCAAUACACAAUGUUCAUAAGACUCCUCAAGAGCACACAAGCCGCAGACCAAAUCAACACUCAGCUCAAUUCUUCCUCGAGCCAAGGCUUAACCGUGUUUGCCCCAACCGAUAACGCAUUUAGCAGCCUCAAAUCCGGAACCUUAAACUCGUUAUCUGACCAGCAAAAGGUUCAGCUUGUUCAGUUCCAUGUCCUUCCUACACUCUUGACCAUGCCUCAGUUCCAAACCGUUAGUAACCCCUUACGCACGCAAGCUGGUGAUGGACAAAACGGUAAAUUCCCUCUUAACAUUACUAGCUCCGGUAACCAAGUCAACAUCACCACGGGAGUUGUCAGCGCAACGGUGGCUAACUCUGUCUACAGCGAUAAGCAGCUUGCAGUUUAUCAAGUGGAUCAAGUUUUGCUUCCAUUAGCAAUGUUUGGUUCAAGCUCGGCUCCUGCUCCUGCGCCUGAGAAAGGUGGCUUGGUUUCGAAAGGCUCAGCUCCAAGUGGGGACGAUGGAGGAGAUUCUACUGAUUCAUCUGACACAGAGAGGAUCAGAUACGGUUUAAUCUCCACCACCAUGGCAGCCAUUGCUGCUUAUUUUCUGUGGAUAUAACAUCAAGUCAGUCCAUAUUGAUUAUUGGAUUUUAAAGAGCUUUAAAUUUUGUUGUAAUUGAGACUUGUGUUAUCGUGUUAUUGUUUUGAUUCAAAAUGAGACAAAUUACGAUUGAGGUUGCGCAAAA